CCACGAAUGUCGACGACACCAACAACAGCUGCUUCAGUGCAGCGCCAACCAGGCCGCCGUCGAGAACCAGCCAACGCCCCGGUUCCGCAAUGUCCACAAACAUGGGCGACGUACCAAUGCAGAGUUCGUUCUACUCCGAGGAUGGCGGAUGGCAUAACAUAGAACCGCUGACUGGGUUCUCAGGCGUCGAAAUUGGCCAAGAGUCAGGUGUAGUGGGCAAAGCAGGUACCGCAGGCGUCCUUCGUCCCGCCACCCAAAACUACUAUGACAGCGCCUCUUGGGCUUUGGUUCCUGCUGCAAAGAGUACUGAGUUCAUUCCAGAUGCUUCUUUGAACGAUCAAGAACGAAAGGAGCAGCCUGGCUUUAUCAAACCCGCCGUCGGCGACAACCAUCUUCCUGCAUUCAUAACAAUGCUUCAUUCCAUACCUCUUGUCCGCAAUACACUCCUCGCCCCGGCGAUAUCAACUAAUAAUUACUGGCGCGGCGAAGACUGGUGGAAGGGAACCGCCUCUGCAACAUCCAUCAUAGUAGAUGACGACACCGGAACCAAAAAUGGCGCGGAAUUGGAGCUUAUCUACGAGGUCCAGCGCCUCAUUGCCUUCUUGGAUGCCAGCGACAGGACGUACGCAAGUCUUGAAGCGUUUCUUUCGCUUGACGCCUGGGCCCAACCAAGGUUCACAGUUCCCGGUGAGAUUUCAGAAAACGAUCUAGUGAAAUUCCUUAUGAGAUGGAGCUCCAUGUAUCGUGCACACGUCCCAGAUGCACUACCAGAGAACGUGCUGUCCUCUGAGGUUAAUGUCAGUGGAAAACUCGAAAGGAGCCACGUACUCCAAAUAGACAUGGCUAACAUCGACCCUGGCUUUGUUGAACCUACGCUGUACGACUACAUCGACGAGAUACUCUUCACGGACUAUGCCAAAGCUCAUAUAACGAAGCCCAGUAGUAUACUCGUCCUAUCGCUGAAAUCAAUGGGCUCCAAGAGAAGCUGCAAGAUCCCAGCUAUUCUCUACGCGGAUAGAUACCUCGAAGAGAAUCGGGCAGCUGUCGAUGCGAAUUAUGUCGAGAGGAAAAAGUGUAACGAAGUGUUGGCUACGCUCGAAGCAAAAGUGCAGGAUCUCAAGUACCACACGCCACAGAAAGUUCAGUAUCCUCAAAAGAUGGAGACUUUGACACUUCUCAAGAAUAGCAUGAGAGCUUUUGAGUCGGAUACUGAGGCUAUGAUUGAGAGCCCUCGGGAUGUUGCAGUGCUUGCUCAUCUCCAGUCGCUCUACGAGAAAGUAGAGAAGCAGCUGUCUGAGCUUGAAGAGCAAAUGAAGAAAGCAAAGGAAGCCCUUGACGGAAUCGCUCAGCUUUUCCGUGCACCACUGAAAGGAUCCCGCUCAGACCAGGGCGCUUUGGAGUAUGACACCCAGCACAAGUUCGCUCACCCGUAUUGGCUGUGUGGUGUCGCAAAGUCAAAUACGGAAUACUAUAUCUGCCAACCAGCGAAGGAAUCCGGCAACCCUGAGAUGGACUACGCAUGGUGGCAUAUUCAAUACACCUUGCCGAAAACAGCCGCUGAUGGCGAGUAUGCCUCUAUAGUACGAAGCCGAAAAGAUAUUGCCGACGUGCUCGCAGACAUGAGCGAGAUCAACGAAAGUACAGUCCUCGUCUACGCAAGCGACGCAGCUUUCUCAGCCGAGCCCAUACCGCUUUCGGCGAAGCUACAAACAUUCGUCAAGAAGGACAACGCGAGCUUCCAGCAAGCACUAGCAGUGGCACGCGCGGAAUGGGAUGAGGUUAACGACCAGAACGUGACAGACUGGAUAGCAGACGAUGGCUGGGGUAAUGAUGAUGCUAAACAAGGAUACCAGCAGGACACGUUCGGCUCCACGCUGUCAUCGAAGACUCUCACGCCCAGCACCGACCCCAACGACCCGCAUCCGUACCCUAGUGAUGAUGGUGUAGUGGACAUCACGCUCAGUCCGGAACACGAGUCCGACCAGCCAAUGGAGAUGCAGGAAGUUAAUGGGGGGAUCUCGGCGUGGGCGGGUACUAGUAAUGCCUCCAGUGAGACGGUGGGGGUGGAGCCGCCGGUGUCGAUGGAGGAUGUUGUGCGGAGUGAUGGAAGGGAGAGUAGGGUGGGGAUGAGGGGCGAGGAUGCGUUGAUGGGCGAAACGACAGACGCAAGUGGGGUCACAGAUACAAGCAUGGAUGAGGAUGAGGAGAAGGUUGUGAAGCAUAUUGAGGUUGUGGAGAAAAAGCCAAAUACGGGCUAGGCACUCGAUACGAAGGGUGGUGUAUUUUUACCGAGGGAUGGAUUUUCGGGGAAUACGGACGCAGAUGGAAAGACGGAUACCAGCAUGCAUGAGGAGGGUGGAAGAGGCGAACUUGGGCUACGUGCUUGAUCCAACGAGGGGUGUAUUUGUACGCAAGGACGGGUCGGAGUGGUGAGUGUGCAUAGGGAGGGCAGAGUUAGGUGUUAUUCUUAUUGCAUGCAUGGGCUGCAUUUAUAAGUGCAUCGCUCGGCUGGCGGCGCGAUGGAUAAGUCGUUCGUGCGACUUUGUCUCUUCAUUGUUUUGCUUCCCGGCCUGUCCGUUGUCAGAUGCUUAGACGAAGCAUUUCA